AUUAUCCACAAUUCUUCGGAGGCGGCCACGUCUAUCGGAAAAUAGCUACUCCUGCUUGGAGGCACUUAUAAUAACCACCAGAAGACGGUUGGUAGAAGACACUCAAUGAAAGGAAUAAUCAUUCAUCGCAGGGCAAUCUAGCUUCUGAAGGCCACCUUCACCCACUGGAAUGUGGUCAUCAGGUAAGCAGACAGAAGAUGACAUCUACUGCGCAUGCCUGUCCAAAUCAUUAUGUCAGAUAGCCACACCAGUGACUGUUGGAUUAUAUGCUCCAUUUGGGGGACGUGUCUACAUGCUACUGGAUCGUAUAACAAAGUGCAUGAGGGAAGAGGCAUCACGUGUUACAGAGAAGGAAGAGAAAACUGUAGGGCAGGUUACCAGUAAACCCGUGGGAUGGGGUUUCUUCCGCCUGCUCUGGCAUCUGUUCUUCUACUACCCUGUCAUUACAAACCGCCACCUCGAACGCAAAAGUAUCGAAUUUAUCUUUGUGCAUUUUAGCGCCUGGCAGUAUGCUGGGAGCGACCGUCUAUGGGCCGGCCUGGUCACCACUGUCUGUGAGCGUAUUCGGAGCCACUUUGGGAUACUUCCUCUUAGCGUAUUUAAUGUCUUGGGAUCAAAGCCCAUAAGAGAGAGAGAAGAAGAACGCAGCCUCAAUGAGUGGAUUUUCAAAAAAACUUUCAGCAUUAUCCUUGUUGUUGUUUUCCUCGUACUAAUCGUUGGAUUGCUUCUUCUCACUGUGCCGGUGAGAACUGGGUCACAGGAUGGUGAUCAGAAGACUGCUACAGUUUUUGGGAGCAUUGCCACAAUAUUGUCUGGUUCGAGCAUAUUCAUGACUGUAUUUCAGCUCUGCAAGAGUGUCCUGAUCAGCCAGAAACAAAAAAUCGAACGUUUGGUCAACAGUCAGAAGUUCAGUAGUCAAAUGGGUUUCAUGAAUGAGGUCAAAAAAGAGGUUGAGCUAGUCACUCAUAUGGUCCAGUGCAUGGAGAUCUUCCAAAAGCAGAAGAUCCGCGUAGUACUGCAGAUCACAAGUCUUGAACUUUGUGCUCCUGACAAAGUGGUAGGAGUUCUGGAUGCCAUGAACACCUUGCUCUCUGACCGCCAGGCUCCCUUUAUCUCCAUUUUGGUAGUAGACCCCAGCAUUAUUGUUUCGUGCCUGGAGAAUGCCAGCUCUCUGAAAGGCAUGGCAGAUAACGGAUAUAUGUUUCUAAAUCGCACUGUUACUCUGCCAUUUUGUGUGCCUGCGCUGGGUAAAAAGACAAAGCUCCAACUUCUAAAAAAAGUCGUACUGAAAACAGAAGAUCUCAUAGACUGGCCCAACAGGACUGACGCAAACCGUGGCACCAAAACAGGCAUCGCAGAGUCUGUGAGGCUGCUGAGAGACGAACUAUCAAAGGUUGAAGAACCAGAGGAGGAGGCCCCCCUCUACGAUGCCGGACGCUGUAUUCAAGAAACCUUUUACUCCUUAUACAGUGAAGUUCAGGCUCUCCAUGAGUACAUACCCGAUAGCAUUUGUCAGAUGAAAAGGAUUGUCAACACCAUUCCAGUCAUGGUCCACCUGAUGAUGCUGAGCCACGUUCCAUGGAACCGCCAGUCAGCUAAAGCUGUGGCUGCUUGGGUUGUCCUGUGCAAUCAGUGGCCGUGCCGAUUAAGCUGGAUACUGCAAUGCCUUGAGGAUGAGGAACAAAGUGGUUCCAAGGACGGGUUCUGCAGCUGUCUCCUUUGGGAUGUCUUUAAGGAGAAUAGUAAGGAGCUAUUCUCUCUAAAGGCAGGGCUGAAGAACCUUUUCGAUUUGGACGCUGACCCUGAGGUUUUCCAGAAGUUCCUGUCCCGGGACUUUCCUUUUAAAGUAGAAGAGUCAAGACGUUUGAUAGGAUGCACUGUAAAUUUAGACUUUUCUAUAAAGCACAAAAUGGGGCUCCAAAGAGGCAUAAACAACCUUCAGAAUGAUUGGAAAGAGACCAAGAGCACAAGGUGUGAUGGUGACAAGGAGGGACAUGCACACACAGAAACGGUUGAGAAUGAUGGUGAUAAAGCGAAAAAAGAGGUUGGCAAGGGCAGAGAUAGCUUCAAAAAGGAAAUGGAGACAAGCAGCGAUAACUCCAGAAAUGAAGUUGGUAUGGAGGGAUUUAGAUACAGGGAGGAUAUAGAGCAGGAGAAAGAGAUGAAGAGGAAAAAUAGGAAGGGUGGAUAUUAUUUCAGGACAGAUGUUGUGGAGGAGGGAAAUGUGUGUUGGAGAGAAGUUGAUGAAUGUAUUUUAGAAAACCCCCUAAAGGAGGAAGGUGAGUGUAAAAGAGAGGCUCAUAUGGAGGCAGAGGAAGGACAAGAACAGGAGAAAGGGCCUGGAGCGUGCAAUGGACAUUCAGCGCAGAGAGCCAUCUGAGGAGAACUGAGUGAAGAAACGCUCUGUGUUCACAUCAAAAAUUCAGAUAACAGAAAAACAAACGAAUGCUUAGGUGAUAUACAUCUGAACGUUUCAGCAGCUGUUAAGCAAAAAUGAGCCUUAUAGAAUGGAGCUCAUUUUUUGGAGAAAAUAUGGAGAAAAUAUUGAAAAUGUUAUGGCUCAAUGAAUUCCAACAUGGGAAGAGUCACUAAUAUUUGGAAUAAAUUAAUAUUUAUCAAUGAAUAUGUUCUGUUGCGUUGAGAAAUACAUUUUUAUUGUAAACGCCAGUUGGUUGGUUUUCACGUGUCUGACAUAGACGUGUUCAUUGUCGUGCAAAAAAAUAACAAAUAUAUAAAGUCAAUGAAAAUG